GAAGGUAAACUGAUAGUCCGACGGUACUAAUUCUCUCCUGGUGCUUCGUAAAUUGUUUGUAAAUAAUAAAUAGAUUCGCAAUUAGUUACUCAGUUUUUACAGUUGUGCCUCAAAAAGUGAUAGGUUGCCUAGGGCUCCAACAUUGUAUUCCUACAAACGACACAUUCAUAAAGUUGUUCCUGGAAGCUUCCACUAUAAUAAAUGAUCUUCUUUGCUGGUAGUUCGGCUGAACGGGAUAUGACAACGUAUCCAUGAAUUGCGAAGGGGAUCUAAGGUCGGCCAGUUGAGUUAUCUGCCACCCGGGAAAUGUUCUACAUAAUCUUGCCUUAUAAGAAGGAUUCACAAAAUAUCUGGUUUGAAUUCAUCAAUUAAUUAACUACGACGCAAAAAGGCCUUUAGGACUAAUGAUCACUUCUGUGAUCACCGUUCUAUGGAAAAUGAUAAAAAGUAUCAAUUUUCCAAAAAUCUUGAAAGAGGCAUUCAGCCAAACGAUUGGUCAUUAAUUAAGCACUUACUAAUCGACACCUAAAAACGGUUCCUGGGUCUUGUAAGUGUAAAGACGACGUUGGAUUUUGAUUGUCAUGCUGUGCUCCCAGAUCCGAUUAACCGAGCGCCGGCAGUCGGUCCGGCGGGGAUCGUCUUCUGCUUUACAGGGCAACCGUCCAUCAACAGGUAUCGUGCCACGUCUAUGUGCAAUUCAAAACAUAUCAAACGCAUCAUUAAAAGAUGAAGAUACUCAGCUCAACAGCGAAGAUAGCCAAACGUCCCGAACACGGUCGGCCAGGGGGGAAAAGCCAAAACUAAACUUGCGAAUUUCUUCUUUACGAAUGCAACCUGGGACCAAAACCCUAGCGCCCACCGAUAUCAGACGUGAUCCAAGGAAGCCACCAUCGUUUUGUGAGCAUUUCAAGCACAUCAAGCGAAUGCGCUCUAUUUCGGACACUCCAUCCAACGACUUAAUGAUUCGUGGAAUUGAAAUCACACAGGAACCUGUUCAGCCAACGGUGGAAUGUCCUUCGGAAGUUACCAACACCGAAAAUUUAAAUCUUAACAUUGAACUUACCGAAUGUUGUCACUGUUUAGAUGAUAAGCAUCUUUCAGAUAGAUUGAACAUUGAACAAAUUUUACAAGACGAAUGUAAGGUGAAGAUUUUUGAGAAGCCAUUAGAAAACGGAAAACCUAAGCAUUUGGAGGUGGUUCGUCGGAGCGAAGUUAAGGAGCCGAGUCCAAGGACGGUUCAAGUUAUCAGUGUGAAAUUAAAUACACGAAAACUGGAAGAGGAAUCAGAAGUUUCGGAUGAAAUUCGAGCAUAAAACUAUGAUAAUAACUGAUUGUGAAUUCUGUUUGGUAAUAAAUAUUUUAUUUGUGGUUGGACUAUGAA